AGGCGACACUCCGAUCCCAGCGUGAGCAACAGCACUGCUAAAGAGGAGCUGAACUGUUAACUCCGAAGAAGUCAAAGAUCCUGUACAGCACUUAAGGGGUAACCAAGAUGUGGAGGACAGGAAAAACAGCUGCCACUGGACAAAGCACUGGUGGACCUCCUGCCAAGAAAGUGAUGAUAAGAAAAAGAUCCACAAUCCCUGGAGUAAUGAUUAAUCAGUAUGUGGAGAAGUUACCCGAAGGAAAGACCACUCCGGACUUCAUUCGCAAACCCACAGCAAUAACUGUUAACGAAGGAAAAGUGGCUGUAUUCAGAGCAGCUGUGACUGGGGAUCCAGCCCCAACGGUCACAUGGGGGAGGAGCAAAGACAACGUCACAGAUCCAGAAAAAUACCAAAAGAAGUAUGAUGACACAAAUGAGGAAUAUGUGCUGGAGAUCCCCAAUGUGUCUGUAGACCAAGCAGAUGUCUACAAAUGUUUUGCUACUAAUGAGUUCGGAAAGGCCAUCUGUAGUGCUACCAUGAAGGUCAUUGCAGUUGGAGGCAAGAACCUCACAGGUCAAGGAAAAGAGAUGGAUUUCAGAAAAAUGCUCAAAAGAACGAACGUGGAAAAGAAAAAGCCUCCUGCCAAGAAGGAAGGUGAGAUCGAUCCGCAGUUCUGGGAAGUCCUGCUGUCGGCGGACAGGAAGGACUACGAGCGCAUCUGUGCCGAGUACGGCUACACAGACUUCCGAUUCAUCCUGAAGAAAAUCGCUCAGAUGAAAAAAGAGAGGGAAGAGGAACAAGCGAAGUAUGUGGAGAGCAUCAGCAAUCCGAAACCUAUUGAAGUUAAGGGAGAUGGUACAGCCAAGUUUGAGUUUGACAUGGAACUUAAGGACCCCAACAGUAAUCUUUUUCUUUUCAAGGAUGGAGAAAUGCUCGACUAUGGCAGAGAGGAUGAUGACAGUGACAGUUAUAUGAAGUAUAAUUUGAAACAAUCAGGCAAAAACUAUAUGUUCAGCAUAAAGGACAUCGUGCCAGAGGAUGCAGGCUUGUAUCAAGUGGAUGUUGAAGACACUAAUGUCUUUUCAACAGAAUUGAAGCUUCCUUCAGGGGAGUUUCUUGCCAACAUUAAGGAGGUCAAAGCAGAGGAAGGACAGGACGCCAUCUUUGAAUGUGUCUUAUCCAACCCUUUGCCUUCAAUUACUUGGAUGGGCGGUGACACACGCUUGGACUCUGGGGGAAAAUAUCAUAUCUUUGUGUCUGAAGAUCAGCUGAUCCACAGAUUAGUGGUGAAAGGCUGUAAGCCAGGAGAUAAGGGCGUCUACAAAGCCAUUGCUGGCAGUCAAUCAAGUAGCGCCUCACUCAUAGUCCAAGGAGGGAGUACAACUCAAGGUGGAGGUGGAAGCUCUGGUCUGGACAAAACAACCCAGGAUCAGCAAACUAAACUACAGAAGGAAAGAGGCAAGAUGGGGGAUGAAAAAGGAGCAAGAGAGAAGAAUGCAUCAGCAUCUGGGGGAGCUGGUGGUGGGAUUGCCGGAGAUGGGAUGGGAGACAGCAGUGCUGGACUCGGCUCUGGGUCAGCAUCUGCAAUGGGUGAUGGUUCAGGAAAAGAUGGCAAGGGACUGGGAGAUAUGGGAAGUAGGGGUAAUGGGUCUGGAGGUGACGAUAGAGGACUUUCUGGCAGAGGGACUGAUGGUGCAGAUACUGGUUUGGCAGGUCUUACUGGGUCAGGGGUUGGUGGGAGACGACAUGAUGAGGACGGUCUUAGUGGAACAAGGCUUGAUGAUGAUGGCCUUGGUGGAGCAGGAGCUGGAGGUGCAGGUCUUGGAGGAGAUGCCUCUGCUGUUGAUGGGUCUGGGGAAGAUGGAGCGGAUGGUAAGGGCAAGCAGCGCAACAGAGCGGGACUGGCACUUCCUGAAACGCACAAAGACCCUGGAGUUUACUUCAGCAGUGGGCUGUCUGAUGUCCAUGCCAUCAUCGGCGAGGCUGCAGAGAUGUUCUGCAAGCUGAGCAGUGGUAGCUCUGAUGGAGUCUGGUAUAAAGAUGGAAAAAAACUGAAAUCCACAGAUAGAGUAAAGCUCACCAAAGACGGGACCACCCACAAGCUGUGCAUCAAGAACUGCCAGGAAGCCGACUCAGGGAAAUACCGAUUUGAAGCAGAUGGACGUAAAACAGAAGCCAUGCUUAAUGUGCAAGAUCCACCCAGGUUCAGCUCUGAUGACCUGAGUCAGUUCUCUGAGCCUGUAGUCGUGAGAGCCGGGGAAACCGCAACAUUCAAGAUGCCCUUUGUGGGUCGGGAGCCAAUGAAGGUGCAGUGGUAUAAAGAAGGAGAGGAGCUACUGGACGACAGAAAUGUCACUGUGGAGAAGGCAGCCAAUCAGAGCCGCCUGCUCCUUAGAAAGUGUCAACGUAAAGACUCUGGAGAAAUCAAGGUCAAGAUCAGGAACGAGUUUGGAACCACUGAAGCCAUUUCCAAGCUCAAAGUUCUGGACAAACCCACCCCACCUCAAGGCCCGGUAGAUGUGAUUGAAAGUACAUCGAAUUGUAUUCAUUUCAAGUGGAGGCCCCCAAAGGACGAUGGCGGCAGUCCGCUGACAACUUACAUCCUAGAGCGUCAGCAGGUGGGACGCAACACCUGGAAGAAGCUGGGGGAGAUCCCUGGGGGAGAUGCCACCUACCGGGACACAGAUGUAGACCACGGAAGAAAAUACUGUUACCGCAUUUGGGCCAAGUCAGCAGAAGGUGUCAGUGAGAUGAUGGAGAGCGAUGACAUCAUGGCUGGUGCAAAGGCAUUCCCAAAUGCACCAGCUGCACCAAAGGUAGUCAGUGCCUUCAAGAACUGCAUCACUCUGCAAUGGGCGGCUCCUUCCAACACUGGAGGAGGCAGCAUCUUAGGCUACCACCUGGAGAAGCGCAAGAAGGGGAGCAACCUGUGGACACCAGUCAAUCCCGCGGAUGAACCUAUUCAAGAGAAAAGGUACGCAGUGACAGAAGUUGUUGCCGGAACAGAGUACGAGUUCCGCGUCAUGGCGGUAAACAUCUCAGGGUUCGGUGAGCCCAGUGCCCCAUCGGAAUCUGUGAUGGCCAGAGACCCAAAGAAGUUGCCUGGAAAGGUUUUGGGGCUGAAGGUAACUAAUUCCACAUACAAUAGCUUGUCCCUUGCUUGGAAUAAACCAAAAGUGGACAGUGGGGUGCAAGAUGAGGCCAAGGGCUACUUUGUGGAGAUCAGGCCUGCCGACAGCACGGAGUGGGUUCGCUGUAACUCCAAUCCCAUCACCGCAACAUUCUUCACUGUGAUUGGCCUGAGGUCCAUGGCCAUGUACUGGGUGAGGGCGAUUGCCACCAAUGAGGGGGGGGAGGGCGAGCCCCAGCAACUGGAUAACUAUAUCCUUGCCAUGCCCCCACCUGUGAGACCAACAUUUAAGAACCCCAAGGGCACUAAGUUGACAUUAGUUAGGGCAGGCAAUUCUGCCCGGGUCAACAUCAACUAUGAGGCCUCCCCGUUGCCAGAAGUAACUUGGCUGAAGGAUGGCUUGCCCAUUCCCAAACGGGUGACGGUGACCAACGCAGAGGGGGCAUCCCAGCUCCUCAUCCCCUCCUCAGAGCGCUCCGACACUGGAGUGUACGCCAUCAUAGUCAAGAAUCUGGUCGGCCAGGAAACCUUCAGCGUAGAGAUCAGAGUUACAGAUGAUCCUAAACCGCCUGGACUGCUGCAUCUGGAGGAGAAAGUUCCUGGCACAGUGACCGUGUCCUGGGCACCAUCUCCAGAUGAGAACCUCGAUGACCGCCUACACUACACGGUGUCCAAACAUGAUUCCGUCAAGCGAAGAUGGCACACUGUGGCUCAGCGGCUCUUCAACAACAAGUUCACCGUGGUAAACAUCAUGGCCGGACGCGAGUACCGAUUCCGUGUCUACGCCAACAACGACAUGGGGGUCUCUGAACCAUCUGAGUCACCAACCUGGGCUACCAAGAAAGAGAAAGAUAAGUUUGUGUUGAACGUGCCCAAAUCAAAGAGCUGUAACUUCCAGACGUCACCCAAAUUCCUGGUGCCGCUGAAGAUGCACUCGGCUCCUGAAGGCUACGAGUGCUACAUGAGCUGCGCGGUAACGGGCAAUCCGGCACCUCGGAUUACCUGGUACCAUGACAGCGUGAGCCUUAACACCGACGCCGACUACCACAUCACCAACACCUGCGGCGUCUGCUCCCUGCUGAUCCUCCGGGUCGGGCCUAAGAGCAGCGGGGAGUACAAGGUCAUGGCGGAGAACCGGCUCGGUCGGGCCGAGAGCUCCACCACUCUCACCGUGAGAGAAACACUGUGAUCAAGAUGAUUGAAUUCAUCAUUUAGCUUCAUAUAUGAUAUUUGAUUUGUAAAAAAUCUGAAUGGUCUGAAUGUUCUUUUUUGGCACAGUUGAUCUUUUUAUUGGUAGAACAGAGCAUUUUUCUAAAAAGAAACUUUCAAAUGUGCUUUGUAGUUAAUCAGAAUAAUUGUUCAGCAAGGAUACAAAGAAGAGAAAAAGAAAAAUGUCAGUAUUGGAGGAGCUGGAAGUUAUUCAUUGAUCCUUUAAAAUAUGGGAAUUAGGGAAUAACACUGGGAAUUUCGGAAUUUCGGUGUGCAUGCGAAUGGCUGGGUAACAUCAGCAAGUACCAGGGGACAGAAAUUCUGGAAUGACCCCUGAAAGAAGGGCUUUCAGAGUUACUUUGACAGUUUGUAGCAAAUCAUUUGUCAGAAGAUAUCACUCCCCCACUCUUUUUUCCAUGCUUCUUAGGUGCUUUUAUUUUGCCAGUAAGUAUAUUGUGUGUAUUAUACUUAUAAGAGUGGUCUUUGCUAUAAGCGAUUUGUAAUCUUUCAAUAAAUUACUAGUAGUUUUUACUAGUAGAAAUCUAAAUGUACUACAGUAUGUACUGUUACUCAAUAAAAUAAUUCUAAGCCAUGGCAGACAGCUAAACAUAAUAUGAUGUCUUGGUUACUCUAAAUGUGUUGUGACUUGAUGGUUUUUGAAUGUUGCUGUAUUACAAAUGAUGCACCCAGUGUCUGUCCAGCUCCUUUUAUUUUAUUUUUUGCAAAGUGGCAAAAGUGAAAGUGAAACUUAACCGUGUGUUUCGGAUAUCAGAAACACAAGUAAAAAAUUCAACCCCCCCUCCAAAAAUGAAAACAUGAACACUAACUGUCACGCCCAGCUCAAUACGAUCCUUGUGUGUGCCACGCCCACCUCGUUACCUCCUGUUUCUGCCUGAUUGUUCUCACCUGUUGCUCGUUACCCUUAGCUUGUCUUGUGUAUUUUGUCCUCGUCUGAGUCAGUCUUCCCCAGACUUGUCAUUAAUGUUUGCUAUCGUGCUUCCCAGGUCCUGUCUGCUGAAUAAACCCCCGUUUAUUCGACUACCUAGUUUGGCUUACCUGCUUUCCUGCUCGGCUGCAAGCCGUAACGUGACACUAACAGUAUUUGAUAGAGUGACAAUAGUAGGCUUGGGUGUAUUUUGCUAGAGUAGGCUCUAACCAGCCUUCCAGGUAAUUGGGUUGAGAUGCUGUAGCUCAUGCAAGGCCAUUGGAAAAGGCUCAUGAGCUACACUUUUCAAGGCAGAUCCCAGAGAUCCUGACUGGGGUCUACCUCAGAAAUUAGAGCCAAUCUAGAAUAUUUUUCUUUUUAUUUCUGGUAGCCCGGCAACAUUUUAAAACAUUCAAUGUGUGUUAAUGCUUUUGCAAAGCCUUGUGUGCAAACAACAAUGGGUCAAAAUAACAUACAGAGAUGACUGGCCUGUGAAGUAAAAAAUUGCAAUAUUUUAACAAAGUUUAAUGGGAAAACGAG